CAGAGUGAGAGAAAACUGUCGCCUUCUGUACGCAUGGAGUUCAAAUUCUGUCUCUAGAUUUCUUCACCUCUCACUCCCUCCACCUCUUAAGCUCCGUUCAGCCACCUGCCUUUUGUUCUUCAUUUCAACGUGAUUAAUGCAUCCGUCGUGAAUACCUAUACCAUCGUUUUCUCUAUAAAAACUACAGGAUCUCCAAAUCGGCAUUUCCGUCUUUUCUCUCCCGAGGUAACGAAAUCAGUAUUCUCUACCUAUUUUUUACAGUUCUAAUGGCGCCAAUAAAGCUGAAUCAGCAGCCUAACACGACAUCUCAAACGCUGAACUCCACCGCCUCACAAGAUGCUAGGCUUCUCGCGCGUGAGACGCUACGGAUCAGCGCCAAUCUCGCGUCUUCGGCUCCUUCAUCUUCCUCAGCUUUAGUAGCGGCGGAGAAUAUUGGAUUGAGAUCUGAGGCAUUGAAUUUGGGAUUUGUGGAAGAACAGUUUGUUGAUUCGAGCUUGAAAUUGAUUUGUUAUGAAGAGAUUGAUGGGCGCCGGUGGAAAUACUUUGCCCAUAACGGCGAAUCGAAGCAACUUACUAAGGGAUCAAUUCGUGCUGUUAGCAUGCAGCAGAAUCCCCAACCCCCUGUUGACGAAUUGUUGUCAUUUGUAAGAUCAUACGUGGUACCAGAAGGUUUUCCAGACAGUGUUACCACAUCCUAUGUGCCUUACAUGAAAUGGAGAGCUCUGAAGCAUUUCUUUGGUGGUGCAAUGGGUGUCUUCACAACUCAAACUCUUUUGAACUCAGUUGGAGUCUCCAGAGCCAGGGCAACUCCCGGGGCUGUUGCGAUAAAUUGGAUUCUCAAGGAUGGAGCUGGUCGGGUUGGAAAAAUGCUCUUUGCUAGGCAAGGGAAGAAAUUUGAUUAUGAUCUUAAACAGCUUCGUUUUGCUGGAGAUCUCCUAAUGGAGUUGGGUGCUGGCAUAGAAUUGGCGACUUCAACUGUUCCUCAUCUUUUUCUGCCUCUAGCUUGUGCUGCUAAUGUCGUCAAGAAUGUUGGUGCUGUGACUUCCACAUCAACUAGAACUCCCAUAUACAAGGCCUUUGCUAAAGGAGAAAACAUAGGAGAUGUCACCUCUAAGGGGGAAUGUGUAGGAAAUAUCGCUGACCUGCUUGGCACAGGAUUGAGCAUUAUGAUUUCAAAAAGAAAUCCAUCUCUAGCAACCACUUUCACUCUUCUUUCCUGUGGAUACCUCAUCAGCUCCUACAAUGAAGUAAAAUCAGUCGUAUUACGUACACUAAAUCAUGCAAGAUUAACGGUGACAAUAGAUUCAUUUCUUAAGACAGGAAAGGUUCCAACUUUGCAAGAGGGAAAUAUGAUGGAAAAUAUAUUCAGUUUCCCAUGGUCAAGAGAAAGGCCUAUUGUCCUUGGACCAAGGUUUAAGGAGGCUUUCCAAGAUCCAAGUUCAUACAAUGCAGUGAAACCCAUCUUUGAGAAGGAAAGAUACAUAGUGACUUAUAAUCAUUCAAAAGGCAACAUCUACGCAUUGUUAAAGGAUCAAGCAAAACCAGACGACAUCUUGAAGGCUACUUUUCAUGCUCAUGUGCUUCUAUACAUAAUGCGUUCAUCAAACCAAAACAUGUCUACGUCCAGGAAUGUUCUUCAAGGAAAUAAGAACAAAAUCGCACUUUGUACUGCAGAUAUUGAAGCCUAUAUUGCUGAAUCUCAUAAGUUAGUCUCAACUUUAUAUGGGCCUUUUAAGAGCAAAACUAUAGAACAGGGCUGGGUGAUGUCAGAGUCACUUCUUAAUCCUGGUCGAGCUAGGAUUUUCGAUGUGAUUAAUUAA